AUGAACCUUCUCCGCGUCGCACUGCUCUGUGCGUGCACGACGCUGCUGUGCCUCGGUGCCCUCUACUACUACUCCGUGUACGACUACGAGAAGCACAUGAACAUGGUGCAACGCAAGUACACGGGCUACGAUCCGCUGACAAAUUGCGCAACGCCGUUCGGGCAGCUCCUCGGUGUCGCCGACGACGUUCCGGCGUACAGCAACUGCGAUAUAAAGUUUUCCUCAACCUACAUCAACUACGUGAACCUCAUGGACCCAAUGGACAACGGCCGCCGCGGCGACCCAUCCGAGACACGCAUUAUCAUGACUGCCUACCGCUACACCUCGUUCGACUACGGCAUGCGGUGGCUCGUGUGGAACCGCGGCGUCAUGCCGCGCCUCGUCGAAAACACGAAUCAGCUGUGGAAGACGGUGGACUACUUUAACCCCGCAAGACCGGAGCAGACCUGGUCUGCGGAGUACAUCACCAACUACGAGGAGGUGACAGACGUGGAGGAGCGCAAGUUCAACGCGCCGCGGAGGGCGGACGUGAUCGUCUACCGCAUGGACAAGAAUACCAUUCCAGCGGGACACAUUGCGGUGGUGGUAAAGGUCGAGGACGACGUCGAAGCGGCCGGCGGCCCAGAGAAGCUGAAGGAGCUGAAGAAGAUGCGCCUGCAUCCCCGCCAUGUCUACGUGGCAGAGCAAAACUGGAAGAACCAGCCGUGGGGCGGGCACAACUACAGUCGCGUGUUGCAGUUCAAAUGGCGCACCGUAUCAGAGAAGGCGCACGAGGGCUCCUAUGUCGACCCCGACGGGCUUGAUAUCAUCGGUGUCGUGCGCGUGGGGAAGGCGAUGCCCCUGCGUACGGCGCCUGACCCGUACCAAGAGGCGCUCGACAUGGAUAACGACGGUGACCUCUAA